GCCCGGGGAUGGUUAUCCUAGUUUAAUAGGAAGUCCCGAGGAUAGCGUAACACGGCGACAACAGAGAGGUCGAGACUCUAUGGAUGAUCCUGAUAAGGUGAACACACUGAAUGAGCAAGAGUGGGAAAAACUUCAGCAAGCUAACGUUUUAGCAAAUGUGCAACACGCGUUUGAAUCCAGUGAUACGGAAGGCUCGGACGGAAAUGAUAGCCUUAUUGGUGCUUUUGAUAUGCUAUCACCAUCUGGACAUACAGACGCACAGACACUGGCCAUCAUGUUACAGGAACAGCUUGAUGCUAUCAAUAAUGAGAUUCGUUUAAUCCAGGAGGAGAAAGAAUCUACUGAACAGCGAGCCGAGGAACUUGAAAGCAGGGUAGGAAGUGGUAGCCUAGAAGCUCUGUCCAGCAGAUGGCUGUCCGAUAGGUCCCCCACCCAGUCCGGUCCCACGUCCCCAACCUCUCACUUUGCCCAGCACACAGCACGCACAUCCGAGCACAUUUCGCUUCUCAACGCUAGUUCUACUGCCCCGGCAGCCUCAAUGCCGUCACAUCUUUAUACGUACUCCUCCUCUAGCCCACAACUUGCCACAACUGCUACAGCCGAUAGCACUCCACCCCCGCAGUACAGUAGGGAUGACAGUUCUAUAAAAGAUGACAGUGUACAAAUAGUAUGUGAAACCAGUCCUCCCAACACGCCCAGGUCUCUACGUCUCGAGCGUCUACAAACUGCGCUGUCACAGAGUGCCGAGGGUAGUCCUAGUCGAACUGUUAUAGACACAACCAGUAGUACUUUAUCCAGCACGGCCAGUAGUCAAGAUUCUCUACAUAAACAUCAAAAGAAGAAAGGAAUUAAAAGUUCUAUAGGAAGAUUGUUUAGUAAAAAGGAAAAACAGAAACAGAAAGGUGCAUUAGGGAGAGACAUGCCAGCUGGAGCAGGUUAUAUAGAUGCUGGUGAGGGCGCUACAGAUACUCUAGGCCGGGGACUUGGGCAAUCAGAAUUUGAUAGGAGAAAGAAACGAAAAGAGGAAUUACUAGAGGAAGCUAUGAAGGCAGGAACACCAUUUGCUCUCUGGAACGGUCCAACUGUUGUUGCCUGGCUAGAGCUGUGGGUUGGAAUGCCAGCAUGGUAUGUAGCAGCGUGUAGAGCGAACGUUAAGUCCGGUGCAAUUAUGUCUGCGUUAUCAGACCAAGAGAUUCAGCGCGAGAUAGGCAUUAGCAAUCCACUUCACCGUCUCAAACUUCGCCUAGCCAUUCAGGAAAUGGUCUGUCUCACCAGCCCCUCAGCUCCAAGAACUUCUCAGGAUUCUCUAGCAUUUGGUGACAUGAAUCAUGAGUGGAUUGGCAAUGAGUGGUUGCCUAACCUAGGUCUACCUCAGUAUAGGAGUCAUUUCAUGGAAUGUCUUGUAGAUGCUAGAAUGUUAGACCAUUUAACUAAAAAAGACUUACGAGGGCAAUUAAAAAUGGUGGAUAGCUUUCAUAGGACCAGUUUGCAAUAUGGUAUAAAUUGUUUAAAACGAGUUAAUUAUGAUAAAAAGGAAUUGGAAAGUAGGCGAGAGAAAACUGCAGAAGAAAAUACAGAUGUGUUAGUGUGGACCAAUGAAAGAAUUACAAAAUGGGUAAUAUGUAUAGGGCUAAGAGAUUAUGCAAAUAAUCUGCACGAAUCUGGCGUACAUGGGGCGCUUAUUGCACUAGACGAAAGCUUUGAUCAUAAUAGUAUGGCUUUAGCAUUACAAAUACCAACACAAAACACAACUAUACGCUCAACGUUAGAGCGGGAAUUUAACAAUUUACUAGCCAGUGGUACGGACAGACGGUUGGACGAGGGCGAAGGCGGAAAAUUCCGGCGGGCACCCUCGUGGCGUAAGAAAUUCCGUAAUAAGGACAAGAGUAAAGACGGGAGUGAGGAUGGUGAGGGUGGGGCUGAACCUGGGCAGGAGUCACCUCCGGGGCCACGGAGAGCUGCCUCCGUGGGUCCUGGCUCAGCACUUCAACAGCGUACAACUGAAACCAUGAGAAACUGCUAGCCCGUACUGCAUAUUUAGGUCUUUGCCAAUUUAAAAGUCAAGUUUUUUUUAACUUGGAAAACCGCGCUUUGCACGAGGAUGAAGUUGUCACUGCCGUUCGAGUGGGCCUCGGAAACAAAAAGCCUGCAAUAAGAAAUAUAAAAAACAAACUACAAGUGUAUUCAGCAAUUUGUGGUGUGUCAAUGUAUUGGAGAUGUGCAUUUUGUACACUCAAAUUUUUAUAUAGUGAAGCAAUCUGAACAUUUACUGUCAUCAUCACACGUGUUUUUUUUGUUUCUUAAUGACAGAUUUUUCGUGUGUGUUCUCUAGUUGAUGUAGAUGUCAGAUUUCUUUUCAGAGCCAUAUAAACUUGUCAGAAUGUGAAUCUAGAAUUAUUGACUUUAGUAUUUAUUAUCAAUAUAAAAAUUACUGGCCGCCUCACUUUUGUUGACAGAUUUCUUGUUGAAACAGUUAAUGUUACCAAGGGAUAGCACUGAUAAAAGACAAUAAUGAAAUUCAUUGAAAUUUUAUUUAACUUUAACUUAAUCUUUAAAAGUAAAAAUAUAUAGAUGUCAAAAAUAUUUACUGUAUAUUCAAAGAAUAUGCAUACAAGAUAUAAUUUCCAUGACUAGGAGCCUUGUGAUUAAAAGCUGAUGUGUUAAAAGUUGAAUCUGGGGUCUUUCUAUAGGUAUUUUAAGAAUUUUACUAUUUCUUUAAUACUGAGAUUGACUCUCUGAAUGUUAUGAAUAAAAUGAGCCGCGUCACAACAAAACCAACAUAAUGGG